GCCAGGAGGAGGGUGGAUCUCCCCAGAGCGGAGUGCCGGAGUCCUCCUCCUCCACCAGCCGCCCGGGCUCUGCCGCCGCUCGUCAGACUCUUCCUUCUGCCGCUCCCGGCGUGGAGCUUCCCAGACAACAAGGGCCGAGUACCCUCCAGCCAGAGAGGCUAGCGCACCCGCGGCUUCGGGAACCGGCGGGGCGGCGGACCGGCUCGCUGUGCAGAUCCUUCUUAAUCCUCCAGUGAAAACUCGACAACAUACAAUGGCUGCAAAUAAGCCCAAAGGUCAGAAUUCUUUGGCCUUACACAAAGUCAUCAUGGUGGGAAGUGGUGGUGUGGGCAAGUCUGCUUUGACUCUUCAGUUCAUGUAUGAUGAGUUUGUGGAGGACUAUGAACCUACCAAAGCAGACAGCUAUAGGAAGAAGGUGGUGCUGGAUGGGGAGGAAGUACAGAUUGAUAUCUUAGACACAGCUGGACAGGAGGACUAUGCCGCAAUUAGAGACAACUACUUCCGGAGUGGGGAGGGGUUUCUCUGUGUCUUCUCUAUUACAGAAAUGGAAUCUUUUGCAGCCACAGCCGACUUCAGGGAGCAGAUUUUAAGAGUAAAAGAAGAUGAGAAUGUUCCAUUUCUACUGGUGGGUAACAAAUCAGAUUUAGAAGAUAAAAGGCAGGUUUCUGUAGAAGAGGCAAAAAACAGAGCCGACCAGUGGAAUGUCAACUAUGUGGAAACAUCUGCUAAAACACGAGCUAAUGUUGACAAGGUGUUUUUUGAUUUAAUGAGGGAAAUUCGAGCCAGAAAGAUGGGAGAUGACUUUUAGGACAAGAGUCUUCCA